AUGCCAGAGGCUGGGGUGGUGAUUGGGCCAGACGCCAUGGCGGAGGGUGCGGUGGUGCCGAUGGCGUCGGCGCCGCCGACGUGUGAUAUCUGCAUGGAGAAUCACGUCAACAUCUCCCUGGAUUGUGGUCAUCAGGCCUGCUCGGCUUGUGCUUGUGCAGCGUUUUGCAACGAUAUCGCCCGCAGCUUCGUUCCGGUGCCCUGCUUUGGAUGCUCGGCCGAGGUUCCUUUGGACAUUGUGUGCGAGGUGCUGCGCGAUCGCCCAGACAUGCUGGAGAAAAUGCAAAUCUAUGGCCUUCGCCGCGCUUUGCAACGAAUUCCCGAUGCUCGCUUUUGUCCCCAUCCCAAUUGUUCCUGGGCCGUCAUUUGCACCAAGCGCUUCCUGCGACGACGAGGUCCCAUCCAGUGCCAAGUGUGCCACCACGAGUUUUGCUUCAAAUGUCGGCAGCCCGCCCACCCCGGGGAGCCCUGUCAGUACCACGACGCCGAGCACACCAAGCCUUGUCCGACUUGUGCCACUCCCAUCUUCAAAGUGGAUCCAGAGAGUUGCAAUGCCAUCAGCUGUACCAUUUGUCGGACCGAGUUUUGCUGGCUUUGUGGCAAACGACUCUAUACGCACGGCCUGAGCCACUACUUUUCGUUGGGAGGCUGCACCAUGUAUGGUCGACAGCGCUGGAACCGGGAGAAGAUACAAGCCUACCGGCGGUCGGCUCCAAUCACCUUUCCACUGGUCCUGGCGGGUGCUGCGGCCAUCGUGCCUCUUUCAGCGGCCCUGACGCCCAUUGCCGUGAUGGUCGAAGAUUGGCGCACCAGCCGCCGUAUGGAACUAUCACGGUUGCGAAGAUUUUUCCGUGCUCUGGGCUAUGGCCUUUUGAGUCUCAUCAUUCUCGUCCCGCUAAUAUUGCCAAACAUCAUUGAUGUGGCACAUCAGGGCGCCACGGUGGGCUUGGCGUGCUUUGCCGUUCGGGGAGCAGUCUUUGCCUACAUCCAGCUUCCUGUUGAAGAGGUGUAUGCUCUUGCUCUCAAAGGACGUCAGUGUUGUCUGCCGCGCCCCGACCCUGACCCUGAGGCCAACGCCGUGAGCUCAGAAAGCCAGUCUGAUAUCAUGCCCACACCCGAGCUGACGUCGACUCCGGUCCCAGCCGCAGCACCAACCCCGACCUCAACACUUGCCAUUGCAAACCAGCCGCAUUCAGUCGAGAUGGACUCGGUGGCUUGA